CUUGGUAUCAGUCACGUACGCAGGGUGCGGAGUCACGAUACGAGGGUCACGCAAGAUUGCAAGAUGCGGGCACUGUACAUCAGCAUAUCAGUCCUUUCAACACUUUUACUUACUGAAUGGUCUCUCGCCUUGGACGACGGUGUGAGUAAAUCCUUGACCAUGACGAUAAACCACAGCACCCACUCGCCAACACCGACUACAAGGACAAACUCGUCUACAUUGACGAAUGUUACCCAGACCAAGCCGAAAGUCACUCGUCCGACACCACCUGACAAUGUACCCAGAUUAGUCAGCGCAGAAGUGUCGAGAAAAGCAACAUUCAUCAUUAAUCUAAUUCUUAAACCAAUCUUGUGUAUUUCCGGUUUUGUGAUGAACGUCAUCGGAUGUUGUGUACUUCUCCACAAGUCGUUACGUCACUCUUCCUAUCAUUACCUGUUGGGUCUGUUAAUAGCUGACUGUGGGUUUCUUCUCUGUGGCAUCCUGCACAUGCCGACGCAUAUAUCAAGAGAGUACGACGUUGUGUAUGCAAGCUACCUGUCAUCUGUGCUGGUUAUUCCUGUUUGGCAAUAUAUGGAAAGAGCCUUUUCCAAAGUGUCGUGCUACAUUAUCUGUAUCUUAGCUCUGGAGAGACUUAUAGCUAUAUCCUUCCCGCUCAAGGUCAAGACUUUGUUCCUCGUCCGUCAUUCUGGAAAACUCACCGCAGCUCUGUUUGUCAUCAUAUUCAUCUUGCAUAUUCCACGCAUAUUCCUGAUACGCUUUGUAUGGAGAUUCAGCCGACCGUUUAACGUAUCCAUGUAUGUUAGAGAACCUACAGCCUACAACGAGCCACUGCAGUCCUUCAUGACAAUUUACAUCAAUUUCGUCCUGAAAAUUGUCAUGACGUAUAUCCCACCGUUCCUACUUCUUGUGUUUAACAUUGGUAUCUGGAUUCAAUUAUCUGUCAUCAGAAGUCGACGCAAGUCCCUCUUCGGUACGGUAUCAGAUGAGCAAUGGAAAGUGACCUUGACCUUAAUGAUAAUUUCUACGUUUUUUCUGAUAGUUUACAUUCCACUUAUUGCAGUUAAUGUUCUGGAAACACUGGAUCCAGCACGAUUUUCCCGUGUGGGCACAGAACGCAAUUUUAGAGAACUAUUCAGCAGUUUCUCGUCUCUCGGCUGGACCAUCAACAGCGCCAACGACUUCAUCAUCUACGUCGUCACCAACGUCAGGUUCAGGGCCACGUUCAAAAAGAUGUUUUGUUGCAACAAGGAACCCCUAAACGUAACGUCUGCGAAACAAAUGUCAAGUCCAGGGUCACGUUCAAGAAGCUAUGUUUUACCAAAACAAACUGGAAGCCCUUAACAUGACGACAACUCCAUCAUCUACCUCAUUACUAACGUUCAGGGCCAACGUUUUGUUGCCAUAGUAACAGAGACACAUUGAACGUGAAAACUGACGACAGCCGAGUCUUGAUUUGUGAAACUAGUGGCUCAAAACAUGAUGAAUAUUCUAUGUCGUCGGCGUACUAUGACACUUUGACGGCGUAUUUUGGCACUUUGAUGGCGUAUUAUGACACUUUGACGGCGUACUAUGACACUUGAAAGAGUACUAUGACACUUUGAUGGCGUAUUUUUACAUUAUGGCUACCUACAUUGGCACUAUGAUGGCGUACUAUGACAAUAUGACGGCGUACUAUGACACUAUGACGGCGUUCUUUGACACUUUGAUAGCGUACUAUGACACUUUAACGGCGUACUGUAACACUAUGGCGGCGAACUAUGAUACUAGGACGGUGUACUGUGGCAUUGUGACGGCGUACUAUGACCCAAAUGACGGCGUACUAUGAGACUUUAAUUGCGUACUAUGACAUUAUGACAGCGUAGUAUGACACUUUGAGGGCGUACUAUGACACUAUGACGGCGUACUAUGACACUUGACGGCGUAUUAUGACACUAUGACGGCGCACUAUGACACUAUGGCGCCGUACUAUGACACUAUGACAGCGUACUAUGACACUUUGACGGCGUACUAUGACACUAUGACGGCGCACUAUGACACUAUGACGGCGCACUAUGACACUAUGACGGCGUACUAUGACACUAUGACAGCGUAGUAUGACACUAUGACGGCGUACUAUGACACUUUGACGGCGUACUAUGACACUGUGACGGCGCACUAACACUAUGACGGCGUACUAUGACCCUUGACGGCGUACUAUGACACUAUGACGGCGUACUAUGACACUAUGCCGCACCGUUUCGCAAAGCGCCACCUUUGUUACUUGACCAGCGUGCAUUCCUUCGUUUCUUACAGCAGUCACGUAGCUUUCAAGAUUGUUUUUAGUUUAUCUGUUAUAUGAUCAUAUCCAAAUGUAUGAUAAGAAUUUUUAUUGAACUCAAAUAUUUUUAUUGCAUUUUUAUAUAUAUUUUUUUAGAUUUGGAAACUCGGAACUACUUAAAAGUACUUUUUAAGUCGCAACUACAAGGGGUGGUUUUACAUCUGUAAUGAUGAGUGGUUUAACUAUUGUUUAUACGAGAUCAUAUUUCAAAAUGUAUUAAAUGUGUUCGAAAUUUUUAAAAUCCUAUUUUCACGUUGUUUGACAAUAAUCUGUUCUCAUGUGAAGAAAACAUGUAUAACGUAUCUUUUCAGAUGUUCAACGAGAGGGUCUUGACGGUAUGACGAUAAGAGUUCGAAACAUUGCACUGAUCAGACUUAGAUUCGUAUGUUGAAUUGGCGGCUGACUUGCCACCUGUAGAGACUAUACAUUGUGGGGUAUUAAAAGAUAGAACCGGACAACUUGGUGAUUAUACUGAUGAUUAUUUCAGUCAUUUUUAUCAUUUUUUUAAUUCAUUCCAGUUGGAUGCUACAUCUUACAUGGUAAGGAACAUUUGUUUUCACGUGCAUUGUCAGGAUAAGUAUGUGACUUUAAGAUGCGAAAAAUUGUACAGAAAAAAAAUCAUAUUUCUUGACAUAAGGACAAAGUGUAAUAUUGGUCGGAGAAUGAAUAUAAAUGCCUAUUUACAUCCCUAGCAACUAUUUCUUAUUAAAGUAUUUCAGUAAUUACGUUGGCCUUUUUCCCUCAGACUUUCUUGUAAUAAAGUGUUCCACGUGAACAAUAUCUUAAAUCUUUCUUAAGAAUACACCCAAGGUAAGUUUAUUGUUUUUAAUACUGGAGAUGUAGAUAUACCUGUUCAGUUAACAUACUAUUAUUCAAGAAAUUAUGGCCGGUGUUAAUUCCUUGUGUGUAUUGCAAAGUCAGUGAAAAUAACAUUGAUAUCAAGGUGCCUGUAAUAAACAGAGUCGGAUCGUUUCAGUCCGAUUGCUUCACGUGCUCAUAGGAAACAAAGAGGUGUUUCUAUUCUCCGGCUCAUUCCCACAGAAAGUACAAAUAUUUUUAUCUAUUAUUUUCAUCUUUUGUAAUUAAUUUUUAAUAUAUGCUGUGUGGCAAUCUGAUAAUAAUCAGGUCUUAGUUCUCACUAACGCUGAACAAAGAUCUGAGGACAUCCCAUUACGGGUCACGUCAGAACGACCUUUCAUCCGACCAAUC